GUUCCGCGCCGGUUUAUAUAACAGGCGCGGGGAGGCGCUGGGCUCAGGCUGCGCUGAGCCAGUUCUGCAGCCGCCGCCGCCUGCGUUCCCUCCCCCCUCCCCCAGGUGAUGGCCCAGCCAGGGUCCGGCUGCAAAGCGACCACCCGCUGCCUUGAAGGGACCGCGCCGCCCGCCAUGGCUCAGUCCGACGCCGAGGCCCUGGCAGGCACUCUGGAUAAGGACGAGGGUCGGGCUUCUCCGUGCACACCUAGCACACCCUCGGUCUGUUCGCCGCCCUCUGCUGCUUCCUCCGUGCCGUCGGCCGGCAAGAAUAUCUGCUCCAGCUGCGGGCUGGAGAUCCUGGACCGGUAUCUGCUCAAGGUCAACAACCUCAUCUGGCACGUGCGCUGCCUGGAGUGUUCCGUGUGUCGAACGUCGCUGAGGCAGCAGAACAGCUGCUACAUCAAGAACAAGGAAAUCUUCUGCAAGAUGGACUACUUCAGCCGAUUUGGGACCAAGUGCGCGCGAUGUGGCCGACAGAUCUACGCCAGCGACUGGGUUCGUCGGGCGCGCGGCAAUGCCUACCAUCUGGCCUGCUUCGCCUGCUUCUCAUGCAAGCGUCAGCUGUCCACGGGCGAGGAGUUUGGCCUGGUUGAGGAGAAGGUGCUGUGUCGCAUCCAUUACGACACCAUGAUCGAGAACCUCAAGAGGGCUGCAGAGAACGGGAACGGCCUCACGCUGGAGGGGGCAGUGCCCUCGGAACAGGACAGUCAGCCCAAGCCAGCCAAGCGCGCGCGGACUUCCUUCACGGCAGAACAGCUGCAGGUUAUGCAGGCGCAGUUCGCGCAGGACAACAACCCCGACGCGCAGACCCUGCAGAAGCUUGCGGACAUGACGGGCCUCAGCCGGAGAGUCAUCCAGGUGUGGUUUCAAAACUGCCGGGCGCGUCAUAAAAAGCACACACCGCAGCACCCCGUGCCGCCUUCCGGGGCGCCGCCGUCCCGCCUCCCCUCCGCCCUCUCCGACGACAUCCACUACUCCCCGUUCAGCAGCCCCGAGCGGGCGCGCAUGGUCACCCUGCACGGCUACAUUGAGAGUCAGGUACAGUGCGGGCAGGUGCACUGCCGGCUGCCUUACACCGCGCCCCCCGUCCACCUCAAAGCCGACAUGGACGGGCCGCUCUCCAAUCGGGGUGAGAAGGUCAUCCUUUUUCAGUACUAACGCUGCCGGCUCUUCCACACCCGCCCGUGGGCGCCCCCCAGCUGCCCCCCAGCUGCUGAAAUCCAGUGUCCGAGCCGCUGCCAGGGAUCCACCGGCUCCACUUUCGCCCCUCGUCCGCCGUCCUGCCCGAAGCCAGCUGGGCCUCCGGGCCUGGCCUCCCCCUCUCCUGCUGAGCCUCAGAACCCGCCAGGAGCACCACAGAGAGUCCCCGCUCGGCAGGCAGGCUCCCUGAAGCUGGGAAUCAGAGUGAAAACAGCAGCCUGAAUUUCCCACGUAGACGGGAGUCGUCUUCAACUUCAGCUGACUCAAUAGCAAAAGGCCCAGCGAAGUGCGUGAUGCCAACAGCCUUCUCAUUUGCAGGUUUUCUUUCUGCCCGCAUUGGCCUUUAUUCACUACUUCCUUGGAACCAUCUCUGAAUUCUGAAUAGCCGGCAACCCCCAGUGUUAUCCACUCCGUUGCUUUUGUCUGGAAAACUCUACAGUGUUUGUGGGAUGUCCCCAAAGGAAAGCUAUGUUCUAAUUUUAUCAUUUCCAUCUGUCUGGUUAUGUCAAGUUAAUUCAGAGAGAGAAGAGACACUGACCAACCCUGAGAGGCCCAAUAGGGCAGAAAUGGAGGCCUGCCCAGACCAGAAGGUGGGGGGAUAGGUGGGACCAGGAAUGGGGGGGGGGACAGAGACACCCCCCCACCAUUGGUUUGGAGAUCAAGAAGGACAGGUCAUGGGACUGGGAAAGGCACUAGUCAUUUUAGGGAGAGGAAAGAAAACCAGGACAGGGAGGUGAGACCCUCGUCCCACCUGCAUCCUCGUCCCACCUGUGUGGAGACGUGGCAGAGACGGUGUUUGGACAGGCUGAUGGCAUUGUGGUUAGGAUCGGGGACCCUUUUUGGCAACUUGUUGACUCCUGAUAGUGGUGCUUAGGCAGGUCUUUGGGGGGACCACUCCUGGAGAGCUGGGGAAUGAAGCCCUGGGAAAUGGCAGCGAGAAUGUUCACUCUGGACCCUGCUCUGAGUGGAGAGAGGGUG